UGUCGCCCGCCCGCUCGCGCCGCGCUGUUCCGCUCCUCCUCCUCGCGGCCCCACAUUGUUCUCUCAGGACGCCGGGGUCCCCGGGCCGCUUCCCCCGCGGCCCCGCUGCGGGGCUGGAUUAGCUCGUCCCCGCAGGGAGGUGCGGGAGCGCGCGGCAGCCCCGCAGUAUGAGGUGGUGCCGGCGGCUCGGGGCCGUGGCGUGGCCGCUGCGGCGCCGGCUGCUGGGCGGGCGCUGAGGGAGCCCCGGGGGCGGCGCGGCCGGGCCUCCAGGCUUUUCUUCUGCAGCCGGGAGGACGCGGCUGGGGCACGAAGACCUUGUGUGGACAGUAAUGACCUCACGUUUCCGAUUGCCUGCUGGCAGAACCUACAAUGUACGAGCAUCAGAGUUGGCCCGAGAUAGACUGCAUACAGAGGUGGUUUGCAACAUCCUUCUUCUGGAUAACACUGUACAGGCUUUCAAAGUUAAUAAACAUGAUCAGGGGCAGGUUCUGUUGGAGAUGGUCUUCAGGCACCUUGAUUUGACUGAGCGUGACUAUUUUGGUUUACAGCUGGCUGACGAUUGCACAGAUAACCCAAGGUGGCUGGAUCCAAACAAACCAAUAAGGAAGCAGCUAAAGAAACUGCUUUUAUUAAUUCUAGGAGGAUCUCCUUACAGUUUGAACUUUAGAGUCAAAUUUUUUGUAAGUGACCCCAACAAGUUACAAGAAGAAUAUACAAGGUACCAGUAUUUUUUGCAAAUCAAACAAGACAUUCUUACUGGAAGACUGCCCUGUCCUCAUAACACUGCUGCUCUUCUGGCUUCAUUUGCUGUUCAGUCUGAACUUGGAGACUACAAUCAAUCAGAAAACUUGCCAGGCUACCUCUCAGAUUAUUUUUUCAUUCCUAAUCAACCUCAAGAUUUUGAAAAAGAAAUUGCAAAACUACAUCAGCAACAUACAGGCUUAUCUCCUGCAGAAGCAGAAUUUAAUUACCUGAACACAGCACGUACCUUAGAACUCUAUGGAGUUGAAUUCCACUAUGCAAGGGAUCAAAGUAACAAUGAAAUUAUGAUUGGCGUGAUGUCAGGAGGAAUUCUGAUUUAUAAGAACAGAGUACGAAUGAAUACCUUUCCAUGGUUGAAGAUUGUAAAAAUUUCUUUUAAGUGCAAACAGUUUUUUAUUCAACUGAGAAAAGAAUUGCAUGAAUCUAGAGAAACAUUAUUGGGAUUUAACAUGGUGAAUUACAGAGCAUGUAAAAACUUGUGGAAAGCAUGUGUAGAACAUCACACAUUCUUCCGUUUGGACAGACCACUUCCACCUCAAAAGAAUUUUUUUGCACAUUAUUUUACAUUAGGUUCAAAAUUCCGGUAUUGUGGGAGAACUGAAGUCCAGUCAGUUCAAUAUGGCAAAGAAAAGGCAAAUAAAGACAGGGUGUUUGCAAGAUCCCCAAGUAAGCCCUUGGCACGGAAAUUAAUGGAUUGGGAAGUAGUAAGCAGAAAUUCACUAUCUGAUGACAGGUUGGAAACACAAAGCCUUCCGUCGCGAUCCCCACCUGGCACUCCUAAUCAUCGAAAUUCUGCGUUCACCCAAGAGGGAAACAGGUUACGGCCGUCUUCAGUGGGUCAUUUGGUCGGCCACGUGGUUCACACCUGCCCAGGCGAGGCAUUCGUGAGGCAUCGGUCUCCAUCUUCCACACAAGCUAACAGCAUUGUUUUGGAAUCAUCUCCAUCACAAGAGACCCCUGGAGAUGGGCAGCCUCCAGCUUUACCACCCAAACAAUCAAAGAAAAACAGUUGGAACCAAAUUCAUUGUUCACAUUCUCAACAAGAUCUGGAAAACCAUAUUAAUGAAACAUUUGAUGUUCCAUCUUCCCCUGAAAAAGCUACUCCUAAUGGUGGUAUUCCACAUGAUAAUCUUGUCCUAAUCAGAAUGCAACCUGAUGAAAAUGGAAGGUUUGGAUUCAAUGUAAAGGGAGGAUGUGACCAGAAGAUGCCUGUGAUUGUGUCCCGAGUUGCGCCAGGAACACCUGCCGACCUGUGUGUCCCUCGACUGAACGAAGGGGACCAAGUGGUGCUGAUCAACGGUCGGGAUGUUGCGGGACACACCCACGACCAGGUGGUCCUGCUCAUCAAAGCGAGCUGCGAGAGGCAUUCUGGGGAGCUCGUCCUCCUAGUUCGACCCAAUGCUGUGUAUGAUGUAGUGGAAGAAAAGCUAGAGAAUGAGCCGGACUUCCAGUACAUUCCUGAGAAAGCCCCGCUAGAUAGCAUCCAUCAGGACGACCAUUCCCUGCGGGAGUCGAUGGUCCAGCUGGCUGCGGGGCUUAUCACUGGAACAGUGCUGACACAGUUUGACCAACUAUAUCGGAAAAAACCUGGAAUGACAAUGUCUUGUGCCAAAUUACCUCAGAACAUUUCCAAAAAUAGAUACAGAGAUAUUUCGCCUUAUGAUGCUACACGGGUCAUUUUAAAGGGUAAUGAAGACUAUAUCAAUGCAAAUUAUAUAAAUAUGGAAAUUCCUUCCUCUAGAAUAAUAAAUCAGUACAUCGCUUGCCAAGGGCCGUUGCCACACACCUGUACAGACUUUUGGCAGAUGGCAUGGGAACAAGGCUGCUCCACGGUUGUGAUGCUGACCACACAGGCCGAGCAUGGCAGAGUUAAGUGUCACCAGUAUUGGCCAGAACCCACAGGAAGUUCAUCCUAUGGGUGCUACCAAGUCACCUGCCACUCGGAAGAAGGAAACACUGCAUAUGUCUUCAGGAAGAUGACACUGUUUAACCAGGAGAAAAAUGAGAGUCGUCAACUCACUCAGAUCCAGUAUAUAGCCUGGCCCGACCAUGGGGUCCCUGACGAUUCAAGCGACUUUCUGGAUUUUGUUUGCCAUGUACGAAAUAAGAGGGCCGGCAAGGAAGAACCUAUUGUUGUUCAUUGCAGUGCUGGGAUUGGAAGAACCGGGGUUCUUAUUACCAUGGAAACAGCCAUGUGUCUCAUUGAAUGCAAUCAGCCAGUUUAUCCACUAGAUAUUGUGAGAACAAUGAGAGAUCAACGAGCCAUGAUGAUCCAAACUCCUCUCGGAAGGCGCAUGAGGUCUCUUCGUGUGUCCUGUUUAUCCGUCGUAUCUCCGCUGCCCAGAACACACCCUGGCCCAUCGCGGGCACUGACCUGAAUUCUCUGUACGGAGAAAGGAUGCAACGUUCUCCGUUAAAUAGAAAUCUCCUAUUUCCCG